AGUCCCAACUCAGAAAAACAAGUGAACUAUUAAGCUAUUCCCGUCAAUCAGCUUGCCGGGGCUAACUUUUCUCCGUUCCCCUUUUCAGAUCUCCACCCAUCACCGCCGCCUAUCCUUCCCCCCGCGGCCACCACCCCUUCCCGCUCCAAAACCCUAACCCUAACCCCUUAAAACCCUACCCUUCUCCUCCUAUCAAUGGCGGCCAAAUGGCUCUGCUCCUAAGAAACCCCCAACCCCGUCGCUUCGGCCACCUCCUCCUCCGCUUCUCCGCCGCCCCCGAUGGCCCCGCCGUCCUCUCCCCCUCCGAUCCACGCCCUCCAGCUCCGAUCCGACCCCCGAGAGAAGCCGGAUUGGGAGGAGGAGGAGGAGGAGGAGAGCCGGUGCGCCUCCCUUGUGGUCCUUCUCUGCCCCUGCCUCGUCCUCCUCAUCCUCCUCCUCAUCGUCGGCUCUAUCGUCCUCGCCGUCAAGCUCCGCCUCUUCUGCCGCGGCCCCUUCCGCGCCUCACUUGGCCACCUCUUAUACAAGGAGAAGUGCCCCUCCUAAACUCUAGAUCCCUCUCCACCUCCGCCGCCUUCUCCGAAUCCAGCGCGGAUUCCGGCGAGGAGGGCACGGAAUCAUCUGAUUCGGAUUCCGUGGAGGAGAGCUCGAAGCCGGCGGAUCCGAAGGAGGUGGAGAGGGUCUGCAAAGUGGUCGAGGACCUCUUCGCCUCGGAUCGGAACAUGGAGGCGGUGUUGGACGAGUGCGGCGUCGAUCUCAGCCCUUCUCUCGUGAUCGAUGUCAUCGAGAGGUUCCGGCAUGCCCACAAGCCGGCGUACCGGUUCUUCCGGUGGGCCGGCGGGAGGCCGGGGUUCGCCCACGACUCUAGCACCUGCAACAAGAUGCUGAGCGUUCUGGGGAAGACGAGGCAGUUUGAGAGCAUGGUGGCAUUGCUGGAGGAGAUGGGGAAAAAGGGGCUUUUGACGAUGGAGGCGUUCAGGACUUCGAUCAAAGCCUUUGCCUCCGCUAGAGAAAUGAAGAAAGCGCUUGGGAUCUUUCAGUUGAUGAAAAGAUACAAUUUUGAGGCAGGGUUGGAGAGUUUCAAUUGCCUGAUAGAAGCUCUAGCAAAAGCCAAGCUUGGGAAGGAAGCUCAGGCAUUGUUCGAGAAGAUGAAGGAUCAGUACCCGCCUGAUCUCCGGACCUACUCAGUGCUCCUCUUUGGGUGGUGCAAGCUGAAGAACUUGGUGGAAGCCGGGAAGCUCUGGAAUGAGAUGCUUGAUAAGGGAUUUAAGCCAGACGUUGUUGCCCACAACACGAUGCUUGAAGGGUUGAUUCGGGGGCAGAGGAGGUCGGAGGCCAUCAAGCUUUUCGAGCUCAUGAAAGCCAAAGGCCCAGGACCAAAUGUCCGGACCUACACGAUUUUGAUUCAGGACCUGUGCAAGGCUGGGAAGAUGGAUCUGGCAGUCAGCUGUUUCGAGGAAAUGCUGGCUGCUGGCUGUGCUCCAGAUGUUGCAACCUAUACCUGUUUGAUUGUUGGGUUUGGAAAUGCUCGACAAAUGGAUAAAGUUUCGGCCUUGCUGAGGGAGAUGAAGGAGAAGGGAUGCCCACCGGAUGGCCGGACGUACAAUGCUCUGAUCAAACUUAUGACCAAUCGGAACAUGCCAGAAGAUGCAACAAGGAUUUACAAAAAGAUGAUCAAGAACGGGUUCGAGCCCACAAUUCACACUUAUAAUAUGAUGAUGAAGUCUUACUUCCAUGGAAAUAAUUAUGAGAUGGGUUGUGCUGUGUGGGAGGAGAUGGGUCAGAAGGGGAUAUGCCCUGAUGUCAAUUCUUAUACUGUCUUCAUUGGAGGCCAUAUACGUCAUGGAAGGCCAGAAGAGGCAUGUAAAUAUAUAGAAGAUAUGAUAGACAAAGGAAUGAAGGCUCCCCAGAUAGACUACAAUAAAUUUGCUGCAGAUUUCUCUAGGGCUGGUAAGCCUGAUGUAUUGUAUGAGUUGGCACAGAAGAUGAAUUUCUCAGGGAAGUUUGAGGCUUCCAAUGUGUUCCAUGGUUGGGCUGAAAGAAUGAAGAAGAGGGUCAAGAGAAGAGUUCCCAAUCAAACUGGAAAGCGGCUUUUCUGAAAGAGUAUGCUACAAACCUUAGCCUAAUCUUGUGGAUGAAUUCCAUUCUUCUCCUGUUAUGUGACUGAUGAUUUUGUCGUAUUGAUUUGUAUUAGCAGAAUCGUCUAGAAAGAAAAGAUCUAGUUGUGCUGUAUAUUUUCAUAUUAAUUUGUACAUUUCUUUGAAUCCGUCCCCUCUUUUUUUCUGGGUUCUGUUUUGUAAAAUAUUGGAGAUGUCGUUCGAAUUCAGUUUCAUCUAUUCAGCUCUCGUAUAUGCAUCAUUCGCAGUUUGGUUUCA